AAUACAUAAGCACGUCUGCCAUAUUGCAUCACUUGAAAUUUUUGAGCAAAUGCCUCAAAAUGCAGAAACAGCAUUUAGCAUCAAGACAGUGAAAUUUACCCUAUUACUAAAUGUGGAAAAAGGAAAUGGAAGAUGUGAGUAAGUUAGACGUGAUCUUCAAGGAAUUCACGAACUCUACUACUAUGGCAAAGGUGACGAGUAUGAAUAUUAAUAAACGUAGUGUGACGUAGGCCUCUGCAAGUCGAUGACGUUAGAAACUGGGCGGUAGUUAUGUGCGGUACCAUCAGCGGUGGCUCAUUAAUAUUAAGUAGGUGACGCACACGUUUCAAGAUGACGCAAUAAAUAUUCAUGAGUCAGUAGCACGGUUGUGACGAUUGUGGUGAUGACUAAAAGCAAAAGAAAGACCACCAACACAAGUGACAGCCACAAGCAGGAAACUCCCGUUCAAGAUCCGCGUAAUACAGUAUUAGAUCUGAUUAAAAAAGCAAAAAAGAUUUAAAGCAAAGAAGAAAAGGCUAAUAAAGUCGGAGGUUUUGAAAAUGUCUGGAGCGGAGUUUGACAGGGAGUUUCUGUACAACUUACCCGCGUCUGUUAUGAACCAAUUUACCCGGAUCAUGGACUCACUUUCACACUCAGACUGGAUGUUAUUCGCUUCACAGGUAAUAUCGGAUCAAACCGAACUGCGCCUUUUGGAGCAAAGCUCCAGAAGGACAGACAACCUCAUGCACAAAUGGGGCUGCCGCAACGGGACGGUUGGAGAACUCCUGAAGAUUCUUGAGGGCUUGCAGUGGUUUAGGGCCCGUGAUAUCAUCCUUGAAUGCAGACGUAAACCACAGUUUCGUUCAGAGCACCAGUCCCCCUCAGUGGUGCCACCGGUCCCUGUAUGUCAAAGCAGUACUGUCACCUUUGUCAAAGAGUCUCUCCCUGUCCCUGAAAUCAGGCCUCUACCCAAGCCUAGUCCCCCACCACCUGACCUGGACUCAGUGAAUUCAAGAAUCUCCAAUAUAGAGUGCCCGUGUGAGAACCGCGUGGAUCCCCCGUCCUAUUCCUCCACUGCGAUGAGCUGGCCGUUUGAGGAAAUACAGAACGGCACAUGCAACUUUUCCCCGUGCAAGCAGAUUGGAGAAGGAGGUUUUGGAAAUGUGUAUAAAGCUGUGAUGAGAAACACUGAGUUUGCUGUGAAGAAGCUAAAAGAGGACUCUCAUUUGGAUUGGAAUGUUGUGAAGGAAAGUUUCAGGACGGAAGUGGAAAAACUGUCACAAUACAGACAUCCCAACAUAAUGGACUUUGUUGGCUACAGUAUAGAAGGACAAACGUAUUGUUUAAUAUAUGUUUAUAUGCCGAACGGCUCUUUAGAGGACCAGCUUCGAUGUGAGGACAGUAACGCCCUCUCUUGGUCACAGCGUGUAAAUGUGUUGCUGGGCACUGCUAAAGCUAUUCAGUACCUGCACUCGUCUUCACCCGCACUCAUUCAUGGGGAUAUCAAGAGCUCUAACAUCCUUUUAGGGGACCACCUGGAGCCCAAGCUGGGGGACUUUGGAUUGGCACGUUUAUGUCGGAACCCCAACAAAACCCCAGGCAAGACGUCCACCGUAGCACAAACGGCAACGGUACGGGGAACUCUUGCAUACCUCCCAGAAGAAUACCUGAAGGACGGACAGCUAGGAGUGGAGAUCGACAUCUACAGCUUUGGAGUGGUCAUGCUAGAGGUACUUACUGGACGACAGGCUCUGGAGGUCGAUAGCCAAUCCAGAGCUGUUUACUUGAAAGAUCUAGUAAAUGAGGAGGAAGACGAUGGGAGAAGUUUUAGCAAAGGGAAGCACUCGCGGGAGCUGUCCUAUGCUCACGCAGCGGAGAACAUCUGCAGGAAACAUCUGGAUUCUCGACUGAUUACUAAAGACACACCUACCCCACAUGGAUCAAUGCAAAUCUCUCAGCUGGCAUGUCAAUGUUUAGACCGACGGCGGAAGAAGAGACCUCGCAUGACGGAAGUGUUCAAAGCACUUCAAGAUGUGCAUUCAGGGUUGAAGACCUCUGGCAGAUCGACCACGGUCAGACUGUCUCCCGUAUCAUCUCAUCCGUCCAUCCCUGAGCCUCUGCGCUCCGACAGCAGCUCCCUGGACUCUCUCACCCAUCAGUUCUCCAAACUCCACCCUCAAGAGAACACAUACCCCUGCCUUCGCAAGACUGCCUAUCCCGCCUUGAGCUCUGUAGUGACUCGGUCCAGCUGCUCAGAGUCAGAGUUGAAUGAGGAGUCUUGGGCUUCACAGUCCUCUGGCAUCCCGUGUGAAUCGGAUGAGAGUCAAGGCUUUUCUCAGUACUUGACAAGUCACUGUAGCAAAGCUCAGGCAACGUUAUAUGGGGCCUGUGGCAUUCAGAGCACUAAUACAAGUGGUUCUCUUGUGGAAAGCCCUUCGCAGUCCAGUCCGAAUAAAGAUUUUUCUGACCAGAAAGUAUUUGUUAAUCCUGCGAGGCAGCAAUUGGUCCAAAGAAUGGAGCUGUAUGAAGAGGGAAGGAUUUUAACUUCUGAUCUGCUGUCUUUAGGCGCCUCAUUAUACCGAGGGGUGAGUGCUGAACGGAGGGAGCCAGAAGAGAGCGAUGAGUUCGCAUGCGAGGCAUCUGGAAUCAACAUGCAGUCGCCUGCUGCAGUUUAACACUGGAUGCUAAGAGGAAGGAACCCAGCAAAUAUGUUGUUCAAAUUUUACAUGAAAUAUUCACAAAUAUCUUUAUGGUACUUUUUGUACGGUUAUGGUAGAGAAAAUACCUUUGCAAAUACCUCAACCAAAGCUGCAGAUUAAUAUUCUUUUUUUUUGGCGAUAGAAAGUGGUACAGAUGAGGAAAUCUGUAGUUGUGAACCUGUGAAUCUUGACUGACAAGCCAAAGAAAUUUAAAAGUGCAUAAUUUAUUGUUAUACGCCUGUUAUUUUGGCGAUCGAAUGUCUGUCCGGUGCUUUUGUUGUUGUUGUUUUUGGCUUAGUUCUUAGUUUUUUUAAUAACAAAGUCAAGCUUAUAGUUUAUGGCCAAAACACCUAGAUGUAUGAGAAUACUAGUAAACAUUAAUGACUAAUCUAUUUCUAUGGUACUAACUGGUGAUUGUUAUAAACCUUAAAUUAAACAUUUAGCCUGUGCAGUCUUCCUUAUGCACAUUUGAUUUAAUUUUUUUCAGUUAGAUUACUGCAAUGCCAAAAGUUUUUUUUUUUUUUUUUUUUUUUUUUAACACAGUUUGUGUAUUUGUUACAGUUUUCUACAUUCAGCCCUUUGCUUUUUAACUGUAUACACUGACUUGUAAUGUGUAAUGUAAUAACUUUUAAUAACUGUAAAAUUGUUCUCAGAUGUAGUCUGCUCUUUAGGAAAAAUAGCAGUUCAGUUUAGGCCAUUUGUCAAACCACUGGGUUUGUGUGAAUGAAACUGUUUGGAUUAUUGGCAUUGAAGUGUUAUAUAAGAAUUUUAUAUAAGCAUAUAAUAUUCACAUGAAUUAAAUAAUUAUCAGAUAGCUAUUUAAUGCAGAGAUCAGGAAUAUUUGAGAUGGUAGAGCAUAAUGUUAAAAGUUACAGGAGAAACCACCAUGUUAACCAGAUUCUGUUACGUAAUAAAAAUACAUUUUACAUUA